AUGGGGAAGACGAAGCGAUACUGGUUACUGAAAACAGAGCCAAGCGAGUGGUCAUGGUCAGACCAAGAAGCGAACAAGGGGAUCAGCAAAUGGGACGGUGUCAAGAACAAACAAGCUCAGAAGAAUCUAAAGUCCAUGGCUUUAAGCGACCUCUGUUUCUUCUACCACUCCGGCGCGAAAUCGAGAUGCGUCGUGGGUGUGGUGGAGGUGACGCGUGAAUGGUACUCCGACGAUGGUGGUGAUGAUAAGGGAGGAGAAGGAGCGGUGGAUGUUAGAGCUGUUGGAGAGAUGAGGAAGUUUGUUGAUUUGAAGGAGAUGAAGGGAGACAAAGGGAUUAAGGAUUUCGUUUUGUUUAGACAGCCGAGGUUGUCUGUUGUUCCGGUGGAGGAAGGUGUUUGGGAAAGGGUUUGUGAAUUGGGAAAUGGGUUUUGUGGAGAUGGUAAGGAAGAUUGUGAAAGUAGCAAUGAGUCUUGA